AUGGGCGGCGCGGUUCCCUCCUCAUCGCCCAACGGCGUCACCAUCGGCGAGACCAAGCUCCUGUCCAAGGCCAACGUCCGUCCCAUCCUCUUCUGCUCGCUCGCCGUCAUCGGCGCCAUCCUCUACGGCUACGAUGGCACCUACUUCACCGGCAUCCUCGAGAUGGACCGCUUCAAGCGCGAUUUUGGCGUCAUCAACCCUGCCAACGGUCAAUACGAGAUUCCGUCCAACGAUCAAUCGCUCUACGCCUCGAUCGUGCAAGCCGGUGAGGUGGUCGGUUCGCUCCUCGCCGCCCCACUGGGCGACUACGUCGGUCGUCGAGGUGGGUUCUUCGGUGCCUGUACGCUGGUCACCAUCGGUGUCGUGCUGCAGCUCGUCACCAUCGGCUCCAAGGCGCUGUUGACUCUCGGUCGAGGCGUGCUCGGUGCCGGUGUCGGUGUCAUCUCCAACUGCACACCGUUGUAUCUUUCGGAGAUCGCACCGACCGCGAUUCGAGGUGCGAUCGUCUCGUCGUGGCAGCUGAUGCUCGCCAUCGGCCAGGUGAUCGGCGCGUGCAUCGCUCAGGGCACCAAAGACAUCGAUUCGACUUGGUCCUACCGCAUCCCCAUCAUCUUCAACCUCUUCUUCGUCGCCAUCCUCGUCACGGCGCAAUUCAUCAUUCCGGAAUCGCCCCGAUGGCUCAUUCAGAAGAACCGCGAUGAGAAGGCCCUGGCGGCGCUCAAGCGGGUGAACAAGGGUCAGCACGACGAAGUGCGCGAGAAGGUCAUCGCGCUCGAGUACAACGCUUUCCGACAGGCGAGACAGGACGAGCUCGAGCUCUCGGGUGAGGGCGGCUGGAAGUCGUUGCUGCACGGUGUCGAGCUGCGGAAGUUUGCCUGCGUGUUGGGCAUCUUGAUCGGACAGCAGAUCGGGGGUGUUCAGUUCAUCUUUUCGUACACCGUGACGUUCAUGACCGCCGUUGGCCUCAAGGAUGCGUUCAUCAUCACGAUCAUUGUCGACGUCAUCGAGGUGGUAGGCGUGCUAUGCUCGUUCCUGCUGGUCAACCGAUUCGGUCGUCGACCUUUGAUACUUUGGACCUCCGUGCCCAUGUUCAUCGCGCUCUUCGUCGUCGCCGGCAUCGGCACCAAGGGUCUCCCUCCUCGAGGCGAGUCCUUGCCCUACCCAGGCGUCAUCUCCGUCACCGAAGGUCGCACCAUCGCGGCGAUGAUCUGCAUCUACGUCUUCUUCUUCAACCUCGCCUGGGGACCGCUGGCGUGGGUGGUGGCGAGCGAGCUGGCAGUCGGCAAAAACAGGAGCAAGAUCAUGUCGGUCGGCACCGCUUGCUUCUGGAUCGUCGCUUGGGCCGUCACCUUCACUCUGCCGUAUCUGUUCUACAAUGCAGGACUGGGUGCGCAGAUCGGCUGGAUCUACGGCGUUGGCACGCUGAUCGCCAUGACGUUCGUCUACUUCUACAUCCCCGAGACCUUCGGUCGGUCGUUGGAGGAGAUCAAUGAGAUGUUGGAGGCCAAGGUGCCGACGAGGAAGUGGACGAGCUGGUUGACCAACCAGGAGAGGCUGCUGGUCGAUCAGAGCAGGGUCAUGGACGAUGAUAUGAGCACCAACCCCACCGAUCUCAGUCCGAUCUCGUCGAAUGAUGGCAAGAAGAGCAAGGGCGCAGUAGGACAGUCGAGCCAGGACCGUAAUCCCACCAAGCUGGGCACGUCCGACGUGGAAAGCGCAUGA